AAUGUUAUUUUUGAAUAAUAAAAAACACAUUAUAGAUAAUAAUAGCAGUCAUAAGUGAGGGAGGCUGAGAAGGCUGAGAAGGACAAACCCACAAUGAACCGCCUUUUCAACUCUCUUCUUCGAUCCAACCUGAGAACUCAGCUUGGUUCGUGUGUGAAAUAUGCUGCCGCUUCUAGAACUGUGCAGGAUCAUAUCCUUCAGGUUUCCUCAUUUGCCCGACAGUACAGCACUGAAGCAUCCAUCCAAAAGGAAGAUUCAGCAACUGAUCUGAAAAGCGGAAGUGAAGGGUUCAAAGGCCAUGGUAUGCUUGCACCUUUCACUGCUGGGUGGCAGUCUUCUGACUUGCAUCCUUUGGUCAUAGAAAAAUCUGAGGGUUCCUAUGUUUAUGACUCUAAUGGGAAGAAGUAUCUUGACGCUCUUGCUGGUCUUUGGUGCACAGCAUUAGGGGGAAAUGAACCUCGACUUAUUGCUGCUGCAACCAAACAGUUGAAUACCUUGCCCUUUUACCACUCUUUCUGGAAUCGUACAACAAAACCUUCAUUGGAUCUAGCAAAGGAACUCUUAGAUACUUUUACAGCAACCAAAAUGGCAAAAGCUUUUUUUACUAACAGUGGAUCGGAAGCUAAUGAUACCCAGGUUAAGCUGGUUUGGUAUUACAGUAAUGCUCUUGGACGACCAGAUAAGAAGAAGUUCAUAGCUCGAGCAAAAUCGUACCAUGGUUCAACAUUGAUAUCUGCUAGCCUUUCUGGGCUACCGGCUUUGCAUCAAAAAUUUGAUUUGCCAGCUCCAUUUGUACUGCACACUGACUGUCCUCAUUACUGGCGGUAUCAUCUUCCAGGUGAGACUGAGGAAGAAUUUUCAACCAGAUUAGCUAAAAAUCUAGAGGAUCUUAUCUUGAAAGAGGGACCAGAUACGAUAGCUGCAUUUAUUGCCGAACCUGUCAUGGGGGCUGGAGGUGUUAUACCUCCCCCUGCCACUUAUUUUGAUAAGAUUCAACCUAUUCUGAAGAAAUAUGACAUUCUUUUUAUUGCUGAUGAGGUGAUCUGUGCAUUUGGAAGGCUUGGGACAAUGUAUGGUUGUGACAAAUACAACAUAAAACCAGAUCUUGUAUCUGUAGCUAAGGCCCUUUCUUCUGCAUAUAUGCCUAUUGGAGCUGUUAUGGUGAGCCCUAAAGUUUCAGAUGUUAUAUACUCACAAAGUAACAAGCUUGGCACCUUCUCUCAUGGAUUUACUUAUUCUGGGCACCCUGUAUCAUGUGCGGUUGCACUUGAAGCAAUAAAGAUCUACAAGGAAAGAGACAUGGUGGGUAAAGUAAACAGCAUAGCACCAAGGUUUCAAGAUGGUAUAAAAGCCUUUGCUGACAGUCCCAUCAUAGGGGAGAUCAGGGGGACAGGCUUGAUUCUUGGUACAGAGUUUACAGAUAAUAAGUCACCAAACGAUCCAUUUCCUCCCGAAUGGGGAGUAGCUGCAUAUUUUGGAGCACAAUGUGAGAAGCAUGGCAUGUUAGUACGUGUUGCAGCGGAUAACAUUUUGAUGUCUCCUCCAUUUAUUAUGUCUCCUGAGGAAAUUGAUCAGUUAAUAAACAUCUAUGGGAAAGCGCUGAAGGCAACCGAAGAGAGGGUGAAGGAACUCAAGUCUAAACAGAAGUAGCUGGAAGUAUAGAUGAUAAUGACGAAAGAAAUCAGUUGGGGUUAAUGUAAAGGAAAGAAAUCAGUUGUUGCAAUGUAUUGUGGUAAAAAUUAGCAAGUAUCUUUCUGUUUGUACUCUGCUUGAAAUAAAUCUUUGUUUUCUCAA